AUGGGGUUUAUCGCCUCGUCCUUUUCUAAAGGCUCCUAUGAGCGCGCACCUGAUGCCAUUGUUAUUCUGCAAUGGGAGAACUCGGUGACUGCCUUGUCGCCUCGCCUAAGAUUCUGGGUCAUUCGAUUUCCCAUCCCCAGCAAGGGCUCACCAAAGACGAGAGAGACAUCCUUCCCAGUCCCGACUGCCGUUGAAAAACGGAUUGACGAAAUCAGCUCCAUUUCCUUCGGGACCAACCGUCGGCUGGGGCGACUUCAGCUGCCUCCUCAGGUCUUGUAUCAGUCGUCUUCGAGGUCGAUCCUCGUGCAUAAUCUCUUGGUCGGCGAAAGCCAGACGGAUAGCGAACUUCUGAGCUGGGGACCUGGCCUACGUCUACGAAAAGUCCAAGUAACAGAUGGGUUUUUCGAUGAACCGCUGGCAUCCUUGUCGGACACCAGAUUUCUGGCCCAUUCGACUAUCCUCGGGGGGGAUGCCCAGGAUAACAAGGCGGGAAGUAAACUGACAACCGUGGCACAUGAGACUGGCGACGGUUCCAUUUCAGUCAAAUACCGAUCCAGAGCCUCUCGCGACUCCGAAUGGACCUCUUCCUCGGCGGAUCGCAGGCUCGAGUUCAAUGAACCCAAGGAACAAAUUGUACGAACAGCAUCGGUGCUUAACUCUGCUGUAUCCUCGGCUGUUUCUGGUUCAUCCGUCCCUCUUCACCGCGUAACCGUUGGCUCGACACAUUACACGGUUCUCAUCAAUCUAGGGAGAAGCGAAGACGGCUCGAAGACAAAAGUUUCGCUUUACACGACAUUGGAGUCCGACUUCAAGGCGGAAGCGCAAUCAGUAAAGCAGACUCGCGAUGAUCUCGGCCUGAGAUGGGAGGUUCAGAGUUUCCACCUGCCCAGCGGCGUCACCAACGUCGCACCAGUUGUGGUAAAAUGCUGGGAAAAGCCAUACCCAACUUAUCUCGUUCUGUUCUACACGUACCAAGGCGCCAUGUACUACAGCCACCUGAGGUACGCUGGAUCCGGAUAUUUUGGCAAUCAAGUCAUCGGUGUUCCGUGCCUCCUGGCCCCAGAGCCGGAGGACCAACAGGUUGCACCAGCGCCAAAGGCAUCCGCCCCCUCGAGAUGGUCGAUCUCAACCAUUUCCCGUCCAGCCCCAAAGGUUCCCGCGGCGGACGAAGCCUCAUCUGGACAGGUUAAACAGGAACCCAUCUUGACUGCACUGCAGGGAUUCCAGCCCACCGUGAUACAAACCGACGAGAAUUUGUGGCUGUUUUAUGAAGGACCUGAUGGCAAUCCAAGAUAUGCGGCUUGUCCCUCCCUCCCGAAGGAAAUAAAAGAUCUCGGAGUCGGCUGGGAAGAGGUUUCAUGGUCUGCUGAGCCUCUUCUGAGCUCGGAAUCCAACGAAGGGGCCGACGACAAGGCCUCUCCAAUUUCGAGGCACUUUCUCCCCGUUGUUGUUCCUCGAGAUUUUAUGAACAUAGGCUAA